UAGCAGUAGCAGCAGCGCGACUGCUAUGUCUACGGUUGCGAAUAAAUACCAACACGAGUAUUGAUAGAAGCUAACGAAUAGAUCCGUUGGAGCAAUUUCCGUUUUCGUAACGUCAUCGCUGGCACGCUGGGGGACCACCACGAGUAGUUCGGCACAGCUCGGCAGAGUUUUGCUGGCAAUUGCCAGCAUCGAUACUCCUACGUCGUGUUCUCGCUUCGAGUAUUUAUCCGAACGCCGUUAGUUUUGAUUCUCCUUCUCCUGUCACUCCGUUUCCCGCCCAAAUCGUUUCAUCCGCGUCACGCUCCUUCCCUCCGAUCGAUCGUAUCGAUAUUCCUCGGAAUGUUGCCGAACGAGAGCGGCUGCUUUUGACACGUCGCGAAAAUUACCGAUCCAUCUAUCCCAACCCAUUCCUAACUACAACCUAGCCUUUACUCACACAUGUCCAGCGAAUGGGCAGCACCGUAAAUUCUUGUGCCAAUCAGCGGCCAGCCACUUCUAACGCGUCAGGGAUGGCCUCGAAUCGGAACGUACUGGGCUGGCUGACAUGUAGACAAGUGUUAAACAUAAUGGUCAUCAUUGGCUUCAUGCUAAACUAUAUGCUACGCGUGAACAUAACGAUCGCCAUCGUGUCGAUGGUGAUUCCAAGCAACGACACUUUGCACUCGAGUGACCAUGAUAAAUCGAGCGAUUGCUUCGACAGUACGAUUACGAUAAACGUUACCUCGUUCGAUAAUGAGCUCGAUCGCUUUUUCCAAUCGUUGGAAAGGAUCAAACGUUUCCGCUCUGCUUCCCAGGAGGAAAUGAAUCAGUCCAGGUAUUCGUGGAACGAGUACCAAGUCAAUCUCGUAUUGGGAAGCUUCUUUUGGGGCUACAUAUGCACCGAAUUGCCAGGCGGACGAUUAGCCGAGAUAAUCGGACCUAAAAGAGUCUUUGGAUAUAGCAUGCUAGUAUCUAGCAUCGUUACAUUGUUAACGCCAUUGGCCGCGGACUAUAGCUAUAUCACGGUUGUCGCCUUACGAGCGAUACUUGGAUUUAUGCUGGGAGCUACUUGGCCUGCCAUGCAGCCGAUGACUGUCCGGUGGAUACCACCGACGGAACGCAGCAAAUUUGUCUCCAAUAUGAUGGCCUCGUCGCUCGGAGCUGCGAUAACAUUGCCGCUUUCCGGAUUUCUCAUCGCUUACAUCGGUUGGGAAUCAGUGUUUUAUGUAACCGGAACGAUUGGACUUGUAUGGAGUUCAGCUUGGUUUUUCUUCAUAUUCGACUCUCCUGCACAACAUCCGAGAAUCACUAUCGAAGAACGCCGAUAUAUUGAGGAUUCGAUUGGCACUACCUCUACGACAAAGCGGCUACCCGUACCAUGGAAAAACAUUUUCCUUUCGCCUUGCGUUUGGGCUAUCGUAUUUGCUCAUGGAUGCAAUGUAUUCGGUUAUUUUACCGCUGUCAAUCAAUUGCCAACCUACAUGAAGUACAUCUUAAACUUCAAUAUCAAAGAAAAUGGAAUGCUAUCUUCUUUACCAUAUGUCGGUAAAUACGUCUUUGCCGUAACAACAUCUACCGUGGCUGAUUAUUUAUUCAAAACGAAGAAACUGUCGAUAACGACUAUUCGAAAACUGUUUACUGCUCUUGCAAUGUUAAGUCCGGGGCUGUUAAUGGUCGUACAAGCAAAUUAUGGAUGCGAUCGCGCAACGUCAGUGGUGAUUUUCACGAUUGCUUUGACAAUCAACGGUGCAGUAACGGCUGGCUACCUAGGAAACUGUUUGGACAUCGCACCCAAUUUUUCAGGCACUAUCUUUGGUAUAAUGAACACGCUCGGUUCUCUAGGGGGAUUCGUAAGCAACUACAUGGUCGGCAUGAUAACGUACAAACAUCAAACCUAUGCUCGAUGGAGAAUCAUGUUUUGGAUAUUAGCGACGAUUUAUUGCUUUGGCGCGCUUAUUUUCUUAAUCUUUGGUAACGGUCAAUUACAAAAAUGGAACAAUCCUAAACAAAGUCCAGAAGAAAAUAAAGCAAAUGUAAGCAAUGAAACCGAUCCGGAAGAACUCGUACAGCUGAAAGACAAAGCAGUUCCUUAACAAAGCGAUCGUUUUAGAUUCAUCGAUCGAAAAAUCAAGCCGUUAAAUAACCGAAAAAAAAGCCAAAAAUUACACUACGAUUUCGACGAAAAUGUUAGUUCGUUGUAAGAUAUGGUCUGUUUGUGCGGAUAAAACAGUAAGAAAAUGUA